ACAGCCAUCAGCAAUGGUACAACAGACGGCAAAGCAGACACCGUAACCAGUGACAAAGCUACAACACCUGAUACAACAGUCAUUAAGGCUGUAACAGAAGACGCAAAGGACGCUGCUGCUACAUCCUAUGAGGGCGCUACCACACCUAUCAAGGAUACACCUAUCGAUGGUGUAACAGCACAUGAUGAUGCACCAGACACCAAAGUGGAGGUUAUAGCUGAAUCCACUGCAGACAAGAACAAAACCAAAUUGAAUAAUGAAGCAGGACUGACUCCUGAAGAACUACCUCCCAGACCCACUGAUUCAGAUUCAGAUUCAGAUUCAGAUGCUGAUGCUGCCCCUACCAUGGCUGCAGCUCCAGCCACCACCACCACCACCACAGUCAAAGCCCCAGAGCCUGCCAAGCCCACCCUGGAGAAACCAAGCCCUGCCUCCAACACCAAGCUUGUCGGCCCCAUGGACCCUACAGAGGAUGAGCAAGAGGACAAUCUAGGGCCUGUCAACACCCAGGAGGCCCAGACACAGACAGACCUGUACGGCAGAGAAAGUGAGGAAGACGUUGACUAUGACCCCCCUCUGGACCAGAACCAGAACUUUGGCGGCAAAGAAUUAAAGGAGGAGAAGGACGACGACAUGGUGGACGCAAAGAUUGUUGGGAAGAUAGACGUACGUAUGAAGGACACCAACAUCUACACCACCCAGGACGAGGACUCCCACUUCUUCUUCCACCUGGUCAUCCUGGCCUUCCUGGUGGCCAUUGUAUACAUCACCUACCACAACAAGAGGAAGGUAAGCAGAGGAAGAAUACUUUAUUAAUCCAUACGAGACAGUCUUUGAUUUCUGCUGUACCGAACCCCUUCAAUAUACACACACAAUGUGUACUGUUGUGGGUACUCGAGGAGUUGGGAAACUCUGGCCUAGGCUAUAAAAUUUACAACCAUUAAAUAGAAACAUAUAUGCAACCUGUCUAUAGCCUAUCAGUCGUUAAUACAUUUUAGUGAAGCAAAGGGUGGUUAUGAUGACACUAGGCCUACAUUUUAAUGUGAGUGUUUUAUCUAAAUCUGUGCAACCACUUAUUGAAAAAGGGUAGCCUAAACUCUGGUGGAUAUUUCACUGUAAUUCAUGCAUCUCCCCUGACAACUCACCGAUCUCUUCCCCCUCUCGCUAGCUCUUAAACUAGAGGCAUAGGUUAUACACAGAGUGUACAAAACAUUAGGAACACGUUCCUAUAACACGUUCCUGGCUCCUGAGUGGCGCAGUGGUCUAAGGCACUGCAUCGCAGUGCUAACUGUGCCACUAGAGAUCCUGGUUCGAAUCCAGGCUCUGUCGCAGCCGGCCGCGACCAGGAGACUCAUGGGCGGCGCACAAUUGGCCCAGCGUCGUCCAGGGUAGGGGAGGGAAUGGCCGGCAGGGAUGUAGCUCAGUUGAUAGAGCAUGGCGUUUGCAACGCCAGGGUUGUGGGUUCGAUUCCCACGGGGGGCCAGUAUAAAAAAAGAUGUAUUCACUAACUGUAAGUCGCUCUGGAUAAGAGCGUCUGCUAAAUGACUAAAAUGUAAAAAAAAAAAAAAAGAUCUAUAAUAUUGAGUUGCACCUAGGACUGUUGCGGUGACCGUAUUGCCCCCAUACCGGUGUUCAUGAAGGCAGUCAAAUUCCACGUGACGUGGCCGUUUAGUCACGGUAAUUAGGCUUCUCCAACCUCUGAUGCUUCUCCAAACUUGCUAACUACCUGGUACUCAGCACUCUAUUGUCCCUCUAAUCACUCUGACAUCAAUGCAAAUGACGUCGAAAAUCUAAUCAAACACUUCAUGAGAGCCCAUGAGCUCAUGUUGCACAACAUUUCUAUAGGCUAUGCAAUUGGGUGAGAAAACCGAGUGAUGGCCUCUAUUAAAAAGAGGAGGAUCCCAUCAGCUUUCUAUAGGCUAGGCCUACUAUAUUUAUUUCUCAACUUUCCUAAUAUUAAGCACAUUGCUUAUCUUUACAACAGGAGCAUAGCCUACCUGGCUGGCAUGAAAAUGAACCACAGGAAAAGCGUCCUCCAUUCGGUAUUUAAGUGCAUAGAUGACAUGUAUUUUUUCCCGCUGCCCGUUUCGAGACAGGUGCAUGAUAAUGGUCCAUUCUAAAUCAAAACAAAUUUCACACAUAUGUUAUUUAGUAUAUGUAAAGCCAAGAUUAAAUCAAGAAUAGUCUGAUGGUGACAAUAUUAGCUUAUCACUUGUGAAUUAUAUAUUAUCACUUGUGAAUGAUGCCCAGCAUAAGGCAAGAAACAAUGCCUUUUUUUGCUACUUUUUCUAAUCAUAGUCGCACACCUCAUGUAGCCUAGCCCAUAGGCCUAUAUGUUUUGAUAAGGUUUGUAUCACAACUAAAGUGGCCAAAUAACUUGUUAAAAUGAAGCACAUUAAUCUGCUUUACAAGGGGUGUAGAGCCUAACUGGCAUACAUAAGCAGCACGUGAGUUUCAAGUUUGGGGAAGAUAAUUUUCACCAUAAAGAUGCACCUUUAUAAUAAAAGCAUUACAUUCAUAAUUGCAUUUGCGGUGACUUUUGAUAAUGGCGUUUUCUCGCUAAUGCAUCAUUCGUGCUUAUAGCCUACUGCCAUGUGCGCAUUGCUGUGCUUAUAAUGUGAAGAAAUAGCCUAAUAGUUUAUCAACAUUUAAAGCUAAACGUUCUGAUCUGUUGCGUCAGCCACAUUGUGUAAAAAAAGUUUUUUUUAUGCUAGUGGUUGUAUUAAUUUGGGAUCUGUCGCAUCCAACAACUGUCCCAGACUAUGUUUGGAAUAUUUAUUUCUCGUACAGAAUAGAGUAGGUCAACUUUUGUACCAUGGGGGAUAGUAGAUUGACAUAGGCUAGUGCUUUUGCUAUUAGUUUGGCCCACUCGUCUUGUUGGCUGACGAAAAUAAAAUGUGGACAGUUUUUCCAAUAUCUUUAAUAUGCACCUCGGAAUUGGACAAGGACGCGCACAGUUGCUUCCACGAUGUGUCUGUCUUCACUUGUAGCCUGUGAGAAAGACCCGAUCACGUGAUGGAGAGCCAUGUGAGUGAGAGGUGCUUCGGAGCGCGCAGCACUCAGGGAGAAGGGCACAACGCAGCACUCCGGGCCAAGGGCACAACGGCCACUGGCCGCAAAAGGCAUGGAUUUAUUUAGGGUGUAUAACGGCCACACAAAGGGGAUGCCACUGUGAAAUUCGAGGCAUUAUCAAGUGCUUGUCAAAUUGUGAAUGAGAGACUGAUGAAGUGUGUACAGCCUGCGUAAAAAACAAAGCAGAGCUCAUGUCUUUCAAGCGACGUUUUUCAAAUCAUCAUUAGUCGCAUCAUGCAGCCUUACAAUGUAUGAAGAAUCAAAACAUAUAGCCCAAUGUUUGUAGAACAACUAAUUUGUUGCACCCCCUUUUGCCCUCAGAACAGCCUCAAUUCAUUGAGGCAUGGACUACAAGGUGUCGAAAGUGUUCCACAGGGAUGCUGGCCCAUGUUGACUCCAAUGCUUCCCACAGUUGUCAAGUUGGCUGGAUGUCCUUUGGGUGGUGGACCAUUCUUGAUACACACGGAAACUGUUGAGCGUGAAAGACCCAGCAGCGUUGCAGUUCUUGACACAAACCGGUGCGCCUGGCACCUACUACCAUACCCCGUUAAAAGGCACUUAAAUCUUUUGCCUUUCCCAUUCACCCUCUGAAUGGCACACAUACACAAUCCAUGUUUCAAUUGUCUCAACGCUUAAAAAUACUUAUUUAACCUGUCUCCUCCCCUUCAUCUACACUAAUUUAAGUGGAUUUAACAGGUGACAUCAAUAAGGGCUCAUAGCUUUCACCUGGUCAGGCUGUCAUGGAAAGAGCAGGUGUUCCUAAUGUUUUGUACACUCAGUGUAUACACACACUGUAAUAGGAAUUUCCUGGUGAACAAAAGAGAAGAGCAGUCGCAGAUAAAGUCAAUCAGAAAUCAAUCCGGUUUAUUACAAGUUGCAACAGGGAGACACCAUCCAGUACUGAAGCAGAGAAAAUGUCUAACUGGCCUCUUGUAGACAGGUCCUUUUAUAUCUUACUAAUCAGACAGCACCACAUGUUCUCCAAACACCAGUCCGAGAGGCUAGUAGGAAGUCCAAACAAAAGGCAGUGUCUUUGUCAGCUGCUACAGAAUCACAGUUUUCAUAGAAUGUCAUCAAUACAACAGUGAAUAAUCAGUGUGUCCUUGGUCCUUAUAUAUCCAGUCUGGCGUCAACCACUAUCAACAGAUAUGAGAAUAGUCCAUAACAAGUCUAGUGACCAUCAACCGGCACCUUGAGUGUUACAAAUGGAACACUGAACAUUUUGUGUAUUACAGAAACUCAAAAUAUGCUAAAUAUUGUUUUGAUCACUAAAUCAGGGAUGGGCAACUGUCAGGGCCCCCCUUUUGUAGGCCCGCAGAUCAAUUUACAACAAAAAUAAUGAUAAUUUGGGGUGGGAGGGACUUGGUCAAGGUCUCAACUUACUGUUGAGAGAGAGAAUAGGACAAUACACAAGGUGCAAUUUAGAAAUUUGUUGAAUUUUUUUCUCUUAUGUCAGCCACUGACAGUCACUGAAUUAGCCCAUGCCAGCUAACUUUUAUUUUUAAGUUAGUCUAGCCUGCUAUCUACACUUAAGCGUAAGCAUGGUUAAAUUACAGACCAGGGGGCCCCCAUUGAUUUUGUUAGUCACACUCAUUCAGAUAUCAUAUUAAAAACUGCAAACAUUUCUCUAUCCACCCUAUGGCAAAAUGUGUACAAUUGCAGGAAAUUAGCUGUAAAACUGAAAAAAAUUAUCUCCGCCCCAUGGCAAAAUUAGUACAAUUACAUGAAAUGAGUUAUAAAAUUGCAAAAUCUUCUCUCCACCCAUGGCAAAAUGUGUGUAAUUGCAGCAAACUUACUUUAAAACAACAUUUCACUUAGGGCCCCCAAAAGGCUAGGGCCGCUCUAACUGAAUAUGUGGGUACACAGACCUGCGAGCCAGAAUCUUUGUGAGCCCCACCCCCAUCACAGUUGCCCAUCCCUGCUCUAACUUAAAUAUGAACUUUAGUAAUCUUAAAUAUUCUGAUUAAAUACACAGAAAUACAUAUUGAGUUGGGGGUAACUUUUGCAGUUAGGCUAUUGAGAGACCAUUUACUUCCCUGAUAGGUAGCCUAGCUACAUUGUUAGCGUGGGCAAUCCCCAUUCAUUGCCCUUUUUGUGUUCCUUUGAAUAUCAUCCUGAUUACGCUUAUUUUAGUUACUUUUGGGUCCGUAUGUAUCAAGCGUCUGAGUAAGAAUGCUGAUUUAGAAUCAGCUUUGCCUUUUAGAUCUUGAUUAAUAGAAUUACAUGGACAGUGUGGACCUGAUCCUAGAUCAGCACUACUACUCUGAGACGCUUUAUGAAUACUGGGUCUGGACGGCCGGGGUCACCAAUAAAAAGGGUAAAGGUCAACUUGAAUAUCCACUGUCCCCUCUCUCCAGAUCCUCCUCCUAGCCCAGAGUCGGCGCUGGAGAGACGGCCUGUGCUCUCGCAACAAUGUGGAGUACCAUCGGCUGGACCAAAAUGUCAACGAGGCCAUGCCUUCCCUCAAGAUGACUCAAGAUUACAUCUUC